GGGUAAUUCUCACAAGUUGGCAACCCUGCGUCUCUGUAUUUUUUUAUAACCUCAAAUACACAUUUCGACCUUACACAAAGAAAAUGCCAAGAGCGGCACCCAAAGACCAUGAACGCGGAGAAAAGCGUCGUAAUUGUCGGCGCUGGGGCGUCGGGAAUCGCCGCGGCGUCCUUGCUCGCCGAGAGCGGCGUCAGUUUCACCAUUCUCGAGGCGGAGGACCGCAUCGGCGGACGGAUCUUUAGCGCGCGGUUCGGCGAGUCGAAAGUGGACCUGGGCGCCCAAUGGAGUCACGGAGAGCAGAAGAAUACGAUGUACGAUCUCAUUCGAGAUCUCGAUCUGGUGAAGCCGAGCGAGUUUAGGAAGAACCUGUAUUACUCGGGCGAGGUGUUUGACGUAGCGCUCGCGGAUGAGUUGUACCGGCUGUGCAAGGGGAUAUUUUUGAAGGGCGUUCCGGUCGAGGAUGUGUCGGUCGGGCGGUUUGUCGAGGAGAGAUUUCGCGAGGUUGUCGAGGCGAAGUAUGGCCUCGGCGAGAACGUUACCCGGUUGGCAGGGGAAGUUCUCGACACUUUCAUGCACGAUGUUUUGGUGCAACGAGGGGCACAGUCUUGGUACGAUAUAUCAAUGCGUAACGACUAUGAUCGCCUGAAGGGUCAGGCGUACUUAGAUUGGAAAGGUCGUGGUCACGGUAUUAUUCUGGACGUUAUGAUGAAACGGUACCCCAACACCUCGGAGCAGCUGCCAAUUGCCGAGAACAUAAUUUUCAACCAAGAAGUGAGCAAAAUUCACUGGAACGGGCCCCCAUCCAUUCGGUGUGUCGACGGUUCCCAAUACUUCGCAAACCAUAUCAUUUUCACCCCGUCCUUGGGCGUUUUAAAGCACGGCCAUCGGGAGCUAUUUCAACCGGCACUCCCUUCUGCUAAAAUUGACGCAAUAAACUCGCUGGGAAUAGCGUCCGUUUUGAAGGUAAUAUUGGAAUUCACCCACCGGUGGUGGGAUGUGGACGAUUUCAAGACCGCCACUCUGUGUUGGGCCACCGCCGACUUGGAGCAACUGGCACGGGAAUUUCCAAAGGGUCCCAUCAAGCAUAACAGGUCGUGGCUGGAAAAUUUGUGCGAGUUUUACGCCCUCGACGAGAACCCGAACGUGCUGGCCGCCUGGUUUACCGGCGAGUUCGUGCCCGACAUCGAACUGCUGCCCGACGAUACGAUUAUCGACGGGCUUACGUUCGCGCUUCGCAAAUUUUUCCGACGGAAGUACGAAAUAAGCCCGCCCGUUCGUCUUCUACGGAGCAACUGGAACUCGAAUCGUCACUUCCGAGGGGUGUACUCGUACGAAACGCUCGAGUCUCGUCGAUUGAACGGGUCGGCCGCAUCAGUCCUAUCAAUGCCUUUAACGUUGGAAAGCGGCGAAGUAUCACUUUUGUUUGCGGGUGAGGCCACCAGUCCUACGCAUUAUGCCACCGUGCACGGUGCGAUCGAGGCCGGGUACCGUGAGGCCCGAAGGAUCAUUCAAUUAGAUCUGUAGGCGGAGAUUUGUAUUUAUUAGUUAUUAAGUAAUAAAAGCAAGUGUCCCGUUUGA